GUUUGAGGGGAGAAUCAUCUCACUCAUUCGCCAGUUCACAACCGGCCAUGUCCCGGUUGUAUGCCCUCUUAGGGCUUCUCGCCUCCGCGGCCGCCCUCAACCCCUCCUGCAGCCCCGGGGGCAACUUCGACCUCACUAAAUGGAACCUCCAACUUCCCACCGGAAGCACGGGGAGUCCCCAAACAAUCUCGGGGUCGUCGUUAGCCGGAUGCAGCGGCUACAGCAGCAGCGUCUUCUACACAGACGGCUCGACCGGCGAGCUGGUCAUGACGGUGCCGGGGUCCCCGUCGAGUGCGGGAUGCGUCACCACGCCCAACAGCAAGCACUGCCGGACCGAGUUUCGCGAGAUCAGUCCGUCCAGCUGGAGUCCCAACAAUGGGAACAAUCGCCUGCGGGUGACCUUAUCGGUGCCGCAGCCGGACGACUCGUCGCAUGGGACGGUGAUCGGGCAGAUCCAUAUUGACGAUUCAAUUUCUUCGUGAGUACCAGCUUCCUGCCAUUGAC